UUCAUUGUGAAAAGAUUAUUUUGUGGGACAAAUGAAAGCCUGUUUCAUGCAAGCUGCAGUGAUUGUUAUAUAUUAUCUUGGUGUACAAAAUGUGAUGACGGCAGAUAUUGAAAGUGUAGAACUCAAAGAUGUAUAUUUCAAACUAAAAGAGUACAUUGAUAGUAUCAAAGAUCUUGGAACAGAAAAAAUUCACGUAGAGGAACUACUUGCAUACGUGUUUCGAUAUGAUGACAAACCAUUUCGAGACGAAGUAAUGAGGCUAGAAAAAUUGUAUGCAGCUAAAUGGAUUUACGAUCUAUUCAAAAAUAUCAAUCCCAAUGAUGCUAAUUUACUGCAGACGUACUCAGAAAAUUAUGAACGACUAUCUGAUAUAAAGACGAAUUCAGGACUUGAUGACUAUUCCUAUAGUUUAAUAGAAUCUGCAAUAAAGAAGAAGUGGGAUGCAAGAUUAGACUUUGAUCUAGCAACCAACAUAUAUUUGAACAUGAAAACUUCAUCCAAAAGCUCGUCUUUGACAGAAAAUAACGGGAAAUCACUUGAUGAAAGAAAAUCAACUCUGCAACAAACUGAAAAACAAUAUAAAGAGUCUAAAUUACGUGUUAUGAACAUAUAUCAGGAAGUGCUUGAAACAGGACAGUCAUUUAAAAAAGUCUACGACGCGGUUGAAAUGGAUGUAUCUAAAUUGAACCCACAACUCAAAGAAAUGCAGGAAAACAUUGAUGAAAUGGCAGAACAACUCGAAAUCGACACGCAGAAUUUGAAGGCAACUGAAGCUGAAGCCAAAAACACAUUAAAUUCGAACGACCGAAAACAUUUGGAACAUUUUGCAGAAGAUCUUAAACAGAAAAUCGAUGACUAUAAAAGGCGAAUAAAUGAGUCUAAGAAAGAACUGUUUAAAACAUCUAAUAACCUCAUUUUUGCGAAUCCGGAAGUUAUAGCUGAAAAAGACAAUAACCAACAUGCCGCCAUGAAAUACUUCAGUGCUCUAGAUAAUCAUCUUAAAAUAUUGACAAAUAUGGAAGUUCAAAGAAUAGAUGUUCUUGAAUUACUUUCAUUAGAAGAAAGAAUAAAAAUCUACGAAAGUAUAAUGCAGGAAGAAAUAAACUCAAUUUAAAGGCCUAAAAAUAAAAACCAGAAGAAUGAACGAAACUUCAACCAAACAAAAUAUUGUUCUCAAACUGUUUUAUUAAAUAUUCUGUUAACGUUUUCAUUCAUUUAAAAACUGAAAAACAGUAUCAAUGUUCAUUUUAAUCUAGUGUCUUUUCGUUAAAAUAACGUUGUGCAUUGUAUUGACAGAUUUUGCAACAGUUCAAAUUAUUAGCAAAGAUGGACAAUGGCUAGCUGUGAAAUCCUGUUUAAAGCGCGUUUCUUACUAAUUGGGACAUAUCAGCUUGAUGUACCUGCAUCUCAGGAUUGGUUUUCACCCUGAGAUUCGAUCCCAGUAUCGUUCGCUCUAAUCAUCAUCGCGUUAUCCACUAAGCUGCUGAGUCCUGACAGCUACUUCAUUGUGCAAUAGAUUUCUAUUCAUCAGUUUUAUUCUGAAGUUAUACAAUCGCUUAUAAUUGUGUUGUGUUAGGCGAUAAUCAAUAAAUUACUUUCUAAUGAUAAUAAAUUUUCGAACAAAACAAUUAAUUUAGCCGGAUCUGUUUUGAGAUGGGAACUCACUGAAGACAACAAUGAACGGUGGCGCAAUUUCGUGAAUUGACCAACGUUAGACAUUAACACCGUUGUAUGCCAGCUCAGUGGUUUGUAGGUUAAGCGCUCG